ACCAAAAAUCUCUGUCUCGUAUAUCGAUAGUAUGUCGUAAAUGGCGUGCUAUCGCUUUACCGAUACUAUUUCAUAAACCACAAUUUUCUAAUGUUCGUAACUUUCAAACGUUCCUUAAGAUUCCUACUAGUUCGGGAAUUUUAGUCCGUGAAAUCGAUUUAACGGGUUUAUCACACAGAUGGACGGAGAUCAUCGAUGCUGACAUUAUAGCUUUAGUUAAUUUAUGUCCAAAUUUAACAAUCCUUGACAUAAGUUAUUGUCAUCAACUUCAUGAUUCAACACUCACUCAUAUAGCAAAUCAUUUAGGCUCAAAUCUUACCACUCUUAACGUUUCAUCAUGCCCCAAAUUUACUGAUGUGGGAUUCUCUGCUUUGGCUCGUUCUUGUAAAGUGUUAACUUCUUUGGACUUUUCUUAUACUGAUAUAACUGACACAGCCUUAUCAAAAUUCGCUGUAACUUGUCCUACUAUAAAAUGGUUGAAUCUAAAGUAUUGUGAAUUAUUAACGGAUUUAAGUUUAGAUGAAUUGAAGAGAAUGUGUAAGGAAUUAAGAUUUUUAGAAAUAGAAGGUUGUUAUGGUGUUUUGAGAGAGAUUGGUGAAGGUGAU